CCUAGUUGACGUCAGCUUUGUCUGGAGCCUAGCGGCAUUGUCGUGAAGGUUCUGGAUAUUUUCAGCUGCUAGGUAGGGUCUAUAUAAGAAGACGGGAGCAUAUUUACGUAUGGCUGGCACAUUUGGUCUCACUCACACGUAUGUUCAUCGCUUUUAUGUGAAGAUCGCUCGUCAUUAUUGAUUCCCUGCCUGGUCCUUCUGGGAUGUUUGACCACAGUCGCCUAUGGCCUUGAAAGGCGGCUGGAAGAUAAAUUCAAUUCGACAGACUAAGAAGAUACUAUCGUUGACUUGGAGCCCCACCUCUGUUAAUUAUUUCUACGCUCUCACCAAACGGGCUACAUAUAUCGUGGAAAUGCUCACGCUCAAAGGAAGAUCACUGAAGAAUACUGACCCGUGGCAUAACAUCUUUCUUCCCAAGCGUAAGAUUGAAUGGAGUACAAUUGACACAGGAAUGUGCACUACAAAUGAUGAUCUACCCUGCAUAUACACAUUCGGAAAGGUAAAGCGUGGUUCCACAUAUGCGAUGUUCCUGCGUUCAUACCUGGAAGUCAAGAAUCCACGUCAUCUUGUGCUGGAAAGGGAAAAGGAAAUAAAAAAAAAUAUUCCUGCCACAGUGCUCUCAUGUAUAUUUGCCUGCAAUGGAAAGUUCGGAAUGGGUGUAUAUCUCCGUCAAGGCGACAGUGCAGCGGUACAGAAGUACAGUAUUGAUGUUUUUAAAGGUGCACUUGUACUGGAUGGGAGGGUGGAUGUAAAAGGACUGGUGCAGAUGCCUAAGAACAUAAAAUGGAAUAGUAAUGGUACAGUUGCCUUUGCUUUGUGUGAAAAAACGUUUUAUAUCAUCAUCAGGUGUUGCAAUGAUAAGGAACAAGUGGACAUGGAAGUGAAACAUAAAUGGAUUGGAUGGUAUGCACUUUAUUGGACAAGCACAUCCAUUGUAGUCUAUGACGCACAAAAUGGGGGUACAUGGGCGGUCUUUUUAUCUGUUAAGUUUACAUAAUUUGGUAAAAUGACUGUAGCUGACAUUUCUUCGCGAGUCAUGUUGUGAUAUUAACAAAUUCAUAACAAAGGGAUGAAUUGUCUCAUUGUUCAAAUCAUUGUUCACACACCAAGUGACGUAUUAAGCCUAUAUUACUG